AUGAUAUUUUUUUGCAAAGUUCUCCGAGUAAAUGUGCAUCGGGCUAUUCUACAUAAUGGGGAGAAAGUGGUGUUAAAGAUCCAGAGACCUAGUCUAAAGAAACUUUUUGAAAUUGACCUAAGAAACUUAAAACUAAUAACGGAAUACUUUCAGAGGAGUGAAACAUUUGGAGGUCCUUCAAGGGAUUGGCUAGGCAUAUAUGAUGAAUGCUCAAAGAUUCUGUAUGAAGAAAUUGACUGUAUCAAUGAAGGAAAAAAUGCUAAUAGAUUCCGUCGGCAUUUUUGUAACAUAAAGUGGGUUUGUGUACCUCUUGUCCAUUGGGACUAUACUUCCUCAAAAGUGCUAACCUUGGAGUAUGUUCCAGGAAUUAAGAUAAAUGACAUGGAAAAAAUAGAGGCACGGGGCUACAAUCGCUCUCAGAUUGCUUCUCGUGUAAUAGAAGCAUACUAAUUCAGGGAUGGAUCUCUCAUUUAUUAUGAUUUUGGCUUGAUGGGUGAAAUAAAAUCCUUCACAAGGGAGAGAUUGCUUGAAUUAUUCUAUGCAGUUAUGAAAAGGAUUCAAAUAAGGUUAUAAAAUGUCUCAUUGAUCUUGAAGCACUUGAACCGAUCGACAGGAGACUUGUCACCGGUUUGUAUUUAAACUAUGUACGUUUUUAGAUUUGUUGUACUAUUUUUAAACUGACAAGUUGAGUAAACAUUUUUUUUUUUUUGAAUAGUAGACGACAAGCGUCUUUUUUUAUGAAUAUAAACAGUACUAAACAGUACUGUAACCGGGAUGAGAGUAAACAUUUUUAGGUGAGGAGAUCUGUACAAUAUUUUCUGGAUAAUUUAAUGAGCAU